GCCGCAGCACUUCUCUCAGCACACUGAUAUACAAAUCAAUGGGUGAAAACAGCCGCGACGGUCUCGUAGCCAGUACAUUAACUACUCCUGAGAUGGGCUGAAUCAUCCGACCCUGCAGUUUACACGUGAAUCGAUAACUUAGACACCAAUCGACUUAGGGUUCUACCAAUCCGGACUAGCGCCACCCCCUCGCAGCCCCUCCGCCACCGCCGAAUUCUGCCGUCCGAAAUCCACCAUCUGCACUCUCUUAUCAUCUUUCGCCUUCUCCACUCCAUCACUCACUCACUCACUCACUCACUUACCCACCCACUCUCUACUUUCCCCCUUAUUACACUUAUACUUAUACACUUAUAGACCUACACUUCUUUAAAAGCUCUACAUUCCCUCCCAAUAAAAUGCCCCCCAUCCCCAUCACCAUCGUCACCGGCUUCCUUGGCUCCGGCAAAACCACCCUGCUCCUCAACCUCAUUCCGCAACUGCCCGCGACCUACCGGCUGGCGCUGCUCAAGAACGAAUUCGGCGACGUCGCCGUCGACUCGCAGCUCGCCUCCACGCAAUCGAUCUCCGGGGUCCGCGAACUCCUCAACGGCUGCAUCUGCUGCAACCUCGUCGGCCAGCUGAGCGACGCGCUCGAGCAGCUCCGCGCCGAGGUGCGCCCGGACCGCAUCGUCAUCGAGACCAGCGGGAGCGCCUUCCCCGCCACCCUGGCCAUGGAGGUUAACCGCCUGGCGCGCGAGAGCCCCGGCACCUUCGUCCUGGACGGGGUGAUCAGCGUCAUCGACGUCGAGAACUGGGAGGGCUACGAGGACACCUCGUACACGGCGAAGCUGCAGGCGAAAUACACCGAUCUGAUCGUCUUCAACAAGUGGGAGAAUGUCUCGGAGAUGCGCUUCGACAUCUGCCUCGACCGGGUCGGGGACCUCGAGGUUCCCACGCCGUGGGUCAAGUCCGAUCGCGGCAGGGUCGACAAGGAUGUGCUGCUGGGGAUUGACGGCGCGCUGUUCGCCAAGGAAGAGCAUCGUCAUGAUGACCAUGACCACGAGCACGGUCAUGACCACAAAAACGAUCAUCAGUCCGAGGUGGAAGUCCUCUCCGUCAACCUCAAGUCCACCGAUGCCACUGUCGUCGACGUCCCGGCUCUGGAGCAGCUCCUUCGCUCCGCCUCCAAGGAAGAAGUCUAUCGCAUAAAGGGCAUCAUGCGGUGCUCGACCCGCGCGCCGCCCGCGGAAUCCUCGGAAGAUCAAGGCGCCGUCACGCCCGCUUCGGCCAACGGCCCCGCCACCCGCUAUUACAUUCUGAACUGGGCUUUCGGUCGCUGGACCUUCACACCAUCGGACGUCGUCGCUGAGAAUGCUGACCCCGCCGUCGUGGCCCGGAUUACGUUGAUUUUGGCUCGCUAUGAAUCCGCCAAGUGGAAGAAGAAGCUCGAAGCCGGUGGCCUUGUACAGGUUGCUGGACCCAACGACGCCGAGUUGGCUGUGGAGCGGCUGCUCUAGAUCUUCCGACAUGCAAUCUAUUUACCUUCUUAUACCUACCAUAUACAGCGCGCAGGGGCUGGCUCCUGGGCGUGAUGACUGUUUGGAACUAGAUCUCUGUUUCUUUUCGACUUAAAUAUUUGGCACAUGACUUUUAUGACGGAGGACGAAACGACUGAAGGGUUGCGGCGGAAGUGUUCGGUUCUAUGAUAGUUAGACUUGAUUCCCAGAUGAAUGAUAGACGA